ACCCCACCCCCUCUCCCCCCAUUCUUGAAUUACUCUUCUUCCCCAAACUCCAUUACCCCCUUUCUCAAAAAUGUCAACCCUCUCCAACCUAAUACGCUCGUCUCUGCUAUUACAAAACUCAUAAACUAUCUGCUUCUUUUUUGACUAAGUUUGUCCUAAAAUUUUUUUGGCCCUAAUAUCUGAUAAUUACACACAUUUAUGUUGGUCCCUGUUGUAAAUAUGUAUUUCUAGGGUGAAAAAGAAAAAGAAAAAAGAAAGCAGAGAAAUUGUUGAAGAAGCCAGGUUAGGGUUUGUUGCUUCCGCUCUGUUCUUCGAGUUAAUUUAUUGUUCUUCUGUUACUAUUUUCCAUCCCCAAAAAAAUAGAACCGAAUCUGGGUUUUCCUCUCGAAGGUUCAACCUGGGUUUCUCUCUGUUCAAUUUCUCUUUUUUUUUUUUUGCUAAUUAUCCUUGAUUUAUAUAUAUAUACUGUUUGAUCGAGGUCAAAGGUUUGACCUUUAUGUGUUUUCCGAAGAUGGGGGGUGGGGUUUUAAGGGUUUCAAUCUGGGUUUUGUUGCUAUUGAAUCUCGCGUGUUGUUCUAGAGGGUUCGAUCCUGUAGACAAGUACUACAUAAACUGUGGCUCGCCAAACGACGUCGUUGUGGGCAAUAUCACUUUUGCAGCUGAUAAAUCCGCUUCAAGAUUCUUGUCAGCCCCUCUAGAAAUCUUGGCCAGCAGCAAUUCCAGUUCGAUUACACCCUCCGACGAGUCCGAGGUUUACCGAACCGCGAGAAUAUUCACGGGACCUUCGAAGUACACCCUUUCGAUCGGGCAAACGGGCAGGCAUUGGAUCCGCCUCCAUUUUUACCCGUUCGUUUUCCAGAAUUACGACAUGAAAUCCGCCAGCUUCUCCGUUUUCUCUCAGUCAACCACCCUCCUCAGCGACUUCACCCCUCAGAAUUCUUCAUCCGUCAGGGAAUAUUCCGUCACCGUGACCGCCGGAGACCUCGUGAUUACAUUUUCGCCAUCGAGUAACUCCUUCGCAUACAUCAAUGCCCUCGAAGUUGUUUCAGUUCCCGAUACCCUAAUCGCCGACGACGCGUCCACUUACGACCCGUUGGGCCCGUUCAAAGGGCUAAUGGGUCAGUCGAUGGAGACCGUUUGGAGGCUGAACAUGGGCGGGCCGUUCAUUUCUUUAGCUAACGAUACUUUGGGUCGUACAUGGAUUUCGGACAGCGGUUUCUUACUACAACCGAAUCUUGCAACCUUCGCCACCGGAGUGGCCCAUUAUCUUGAGGGCGGUGCAACCCCGGAUACCGCCCCUCCAAUGGUUUACGGGACUUGCAGGAAGAUGGAUUCCGCAGCAAACCCCAAUAGCAACUUCAACGUGACAUGGGGGUUCAAAGUGGAUCCGGGUUUUCAGUACUUGAUCCGUCUGCACUUCUGCGAUAUCGCGAGCGCUUCGGCCAACCAGCUCGUAUUCAACGUCUACAUUGACUCGUUUCUCGUCGCCCCGGAUCUUGAGUUGUCCGCCAAAUACCCCGGCCAGCUGGCGGCUCCGUAUUUUCUUGAUUUUGUUACUCCAUUGAUUGAUAGAAACAAUUUGAGUUUAAGUAUCGGUCCUUCGCCUCGUAGCGCGUACCCCGAUGCACUUCUCAACGGGUUGGAGGUCAUGAAAAUGAACAAUACCAAGAAUAGCCUCGCCGGAGGAGCGGCUGCUUUGCCUGGAUUUCCCGCCAAAAAGAAGAAUUUAGGGCUGAUUAUCGGUGUGUGCAUUGGAGUGGUCGCUGCUUUGAUUUUGCUCGGGGUUUUGUUUUUCAUCCAUAGAAGAAAGAAACAAGAACGUCUGAGAAUUGAAAAAUCAUGGGUCCCGAUUUCUGUCAACGGUGGAAACUCCCACACGAUGGGGAGUAAGUACUCGACCGGCACAACUGUGAGCGUCGGUUCGAAUAUGAGCUACCGUAUACCUUUUCUAUCAGUUCAAGAAGCAACAAACAACUUCGAUGAAAGUGGUGUGAUUGGAGUAGGUGGAUUCGGAAAAGUCUACAAGGGGGUUUUGACGGACGGAUUGAAAAUAGCGGUCAAACGAGGCAACCCUAGAUCACAGCAAGGCCUAGCCGAAUUCAGGACAGAAAUCGAGAUGCUGUCUCAGUUCAGACACCGCCAUUUAGUUUCCUUAAUCGGGUACUGCGAUGAGAAAAACGAGAUGAUUCUUGUCUACGAGUACAUGGAAAACGGGACAGUCAAAAGCCAUUUGUACGGCUCGGAUCUCCCAAGCCUAGGCUGGAAGGAGAGGCUCGACAUUUGCAUCGGAGCUGCAAGAGGUUUGCACUACCUCCACACGGGCGAUUCGAAGGCGGUUAUCCACAGAGACGUGAAGUCGGCGAAUAUAUUGCUCGACGAGAAUUUAAUGGCGAAGGUGGCGGAUUUCGGGCUUUCGAAAACAGGGCCCGAGUUAGACCAAACGCACGUGAGUACAGCUGUCAAGGGUAGCUUCGGGUACUUGGACCCGGAGUAUUUUAGGAGGCAACAGUUGACCGAGAAAUCCGAUGUUUAUUCGUUCGGGGUUGUUUUGUUUGAGGUUUUGUGCGCUAGGCCCGUGAUUGAUCCUUCGCUUCCGAGAGAAAUGGUGAACUUGGCCGAGUGGGCGAUGAAGUGGCAGAAGAAGGGACAGCUGGACCAGAUUAUUGACCCGAAUCUUGUGGGGAAAAUAAAACCGGAUUCGCUGAGGAAGUUCGGGGAGACCGCGGAGAAGUGUUUAGCGGAUUACGGCGUGGAUAGGCCUUCGAUGGGGGAUGUGCUGUGGAAUCUGGAAUAUGCUCUUCAGCUGCAGGAGGCUGUUGUCCGGAAUGAUCCGGACGAGAAUAGUAGCAAUGUGAUUGGACAGCUGUCGCCUCGUGUCGGGGAGUUUGGUAACGGUAACGAUAAUGGUGGUGAGAGUGAGAGUGGGGAUUCGGUUGCUAGGUUUGAGAGUGUUGAUGAUCUUUCCGGUGUUUCGAUGAGUCGGGUUUUUUCGCAGCUUGUCAAAUCUGAGGGUAGGUGAUUUUAUUUUAAUUUUAAUUUUUUAAAUUUUUGGUGUAGAUGUUUGUAUAAGUAAGCAAGUUUUUUUUGUGGGUGCUUUUUAAUGUUUUGUUUCUUCUGUAUCUUGCUAAUGUUUUUUUUUUCCCUUGGGGUUUAUAUAAUAUUGUUUGGAAAUAGUGGGUUGUAUUUGAUAUUUUGGAUUCCUAUCUUGUCAAGAUAAUGAAAUUAUAGAUAUCCCAUUGUACAAUUGGUAUGC